AGGCCAUGAGCGUCCCUCCGCGGCCCCUGGCCGGGCUCUGGCCGUGGCUGCUCAUGGCGGCCCUGCAGGUGGUGCUGGGCCAGCCGAGCCUGGAGUCCGAGCGGUCGGGACUCCGAGCGGUCAUCAAGGUGACUCUGGUGAAGGAGCCCACGGUGGAGCCCAUCAUUCUGAAAGGGCAGUUCGUAGGAGGAAGUGCAGGCAAAGCACAAGGGAAACUGAUGCAGUAUCACCCUCUGUCUCUGUGCAACACAAGCGAGGAUGAACGACAAGACAGUGCCUUCAUCACCAUCGUCAAAUUAGAGCACAGAGUUCCCCGCUGCUCACUGCUGCUGGAUAAGGCUCGCAUAGCGUUGGAAAAGGGAGCCCAGGCUGUUAUCUUCGAUGUCAGCGAUGAUGCCAUUGCGGCUGCUGAGCUGAAGGAAACAGACUCCCUCCCCCGUCCAGUGGUGCUGAUAAAGGGGGUGGAUGCUGAGGGCCUGAUGAAUCUGGUCAACAAGAACGAGGAGGCCACAGUUGUUAUUGAGACUAAGGUGGAGCUCAAAUGGCCACAUUAUGAUGUGAGCAUCGUGCUCACCAUCGUCCUGGUUAUUCUCACCAUCGUCUUGAUAUUUGCUUUCCGCUACAGGUGCAAGUCCAAUAGAACUUGGGACUCUGUCCAUCAGCAGACCAUGCGGGCCAUUAGUCAACUGGAGACCAAAAUCUAUCGCUCCCAGAGCUGCUCUGGCUCACAGCGCCACCGUGGGGCCUGGAGUUCGGCCAGCAGCUCGAACUCAAGCCCCGUCUGUGCUAUUUGCCUGGAGGAGUUCCAGGAUGGGCAGAAUCUGAGGAUCAUCUCUUGCGCUCAUGAGUUCCACAGAGACUGUGUUGACCCCUGGCUGAUGCAGCACCGCACCUGUCCUCUUUGCAUGCACAACAUUAUGGGGACAGAGCGGCAGGCCCAGAGGAACAGAAACCAGCAGAGUUCAGAGCAUAGUCAAAGCUUCCUGCACCCUCAGCCUUACAAUAGCCACCACAACCAUCCUUUCCCUCAGCAUACAAUCCCCUUCUCUAUGAGACCCCACUACCCCCGUGGGCCCUCAGGACCCUAUCCCAAUCUAGGCAACUACAACAGCUCUUCUCCAAUGGAGACUCAGACUCUACACUUCCUCAGCAGUCGGCAGCUGGGAGCUGGCUGUGGGUACCACCUUCCUGUUGAUGUUCCUGGGAGGCCCCACAGGAUUGCCGCUAACUGCAGGACCUCCGCCCAUCACCACACAUCGCGACGGUCCUGCCAUAACUACCGCUCCUCCUGUCCGGCCCAACGAAACACGUCUGGCUCAAGGUUGCAGCACGGCAUCUCGGUCACACCACAGAGCCAUGGAGUAGUGUCACACAGCCGGCAGGAUGAUGGGAGCUGCUCCGGAGGCAGCUACCACACAGAGCGCAGUGGAUACUUGGCCGAUGGGCCAGCAAGUGACUCCAGCUCAGGGCCCUGGCAUGGCUCCUCCAGUGACUCAGUUCUCAACUGUACGGAUGUGUCCCUACAGGGAGUUUAUGGCAGCUGGUCCACUUUCCGCAGCUCUCUGAGCAGUGACUAUGAUCCAUUUGGGUAUUUUGGGGCGGGGCCUGGGCAUGCCCCACGCAAGAACAGUUUAGAGGCUGGGGCCCAGAACCGGCCCAAGUCUCUGGAUUCUGUUGUGAACAAAGCAGGCUGCCUUGAGGAACAGCCACAAACUGUUUUCAGCCACAUCCACUACCAUCGCCACAGACACCACCACUAUGAGGAGGGGGAGCACAGCCAGGGCCUGAGCAGAAGCUCAGAUGAGGAGCGAGGGGCCACUGCAGCUGCUGCAGCUGCUCCCUCUGCUCCGGUUCAGGACACAGAGUCCCCGGUGUGCCCCCCAAAACACAGCCCCUGCCACUGCCCCAAGCCAGAGCCCACUGACCGGCCUAGCCCGGGGACAGAGCGACAGGACCAUGACCAAACGGGACCUGCUGUCAUAGUUCCCUCCAUCCCCUUACAGCUCCAGACCCACUGCUGCCACCAGGGACAUGGACACCCUUCCACUCCUCUGGGCCGAGUGGGAGGCUGUCUACUCGAUGGACCCUCAGUUCACUUUCACCAGAGUUUGGACCUUCAGGACGACCGCAGCAUCCACAUUCACUACGGUCAGAGUCCAGGCUUCUGCUGCUCUCCCCCCGAGCUGCACCCGGCCUUACUCCCCGUGCCUCUCAUCUUGGACUCAGCAGGGAUAGAGGAGUGGCCUUGCUGUGCGGGGGCCCAUGUUGUGUGGCAGAGACAGGUCCAGCAGGCUCACUCAGAGCCUCAGCUCAUGGGACCAGGAACCUCAAUGGACAGGCCUCCCUGCAGGUUCCACCAGGGGCCCUCUACUGAGCGCAGCACAGACAUUUGUUUAUACUGCCAAACAAUACACCAUAAUCAGGGAUUAGAAGAGGAGUCUGGGGUGUGAGAAGUUCUCUCAUCCGUAUCACUACCCAGGAGCCAGAACAAAGUUCUUACAAAGUUCCACCAGUAAUGCCUUUAUUCAAGCAAUUUCCCAGCUGCCUUAGGAGGACUCCUAUCCUCAAAUAAUGAAAUUGUCCUAGUUUUGGUAAUAAAUACAGAAUAUUUGAUAUAAUAUAUAUACUUAAUGAAUUGAAUGUGUGAAGAUAGGGUGUUGCAGGGGGAGCCACUCUCACACCACAAAGAGGAAAAAACAUUUCUCCUGGUCAGCUGCAGAUUUGUUCACAUUAUCAAAGUUUCCCAAGCUCCUCGGCAACAACCACCCAAUAAAUGGUCCUGCUUUGGGCUUUGAGCCCACAUGAAGUGAUGCUGCAUCUCUGCAUCACUUGCUCUUUUUUUAUACAAAAAAAACUUGAUUUCUCGUUGAGGUACUUCACUUUCAUCUACGCAAUCUUUGCCUUACGUCGCUGAGUCAAUUCUCAGCUGAGAAAUGCUUUUCUCUUCUCCCUACCUCAGCUCAGAUUUCUUAACACACCUCACACGGGGUCUUUUAAGGUACUGCUGUAGUGUUUUGUAUUAAAUUCCUAUGUAGCUUCCACAAACUCAACCAAUAGUUCCCCUCUUGGCAGUCUGGAUUGUUCAAACGGAGAGAAAGGUUUUUAUUCUCAGCCCCAUCAAACAACGAGCAUUCACUGAGGUCGCUCAGCUUAACAUAGGUCUUGUUUUCAUUAUUUCAGUAAUGGCAGCUGUUUUUGUCUUUCUCUUUUCUGUUUUUGUUGUUUGCAAGGUUUUUAACUCUGCAAAACCAACCGGUUUGACUGAAUUAUGUGAUGGUCAUUACAAGCUAUUGUCAUGUUUUUGUCAUUUCUCCUGCUAGUGGUUACUUCAGUGCUUUUAAGUCCCUCAAAUAGAGGCUACUUCAGAAUGCUUUCCCCUCAUCUUCCUGUAAAACAAAACAUAAUUGCUUCCUAGUAUACCUGGAGUAAAGCCAUGUAACAGUACCUUGCAAAGUAUUCAUCUUGUUGAACCCUUUCACAUUUUCUUGUGAAAGAACAAACUUCAGUGAAUUCAAUUGGAUUUUCUUUGUGAUAGACCAACACAAAGAAGCAGAAUAACUGUGAACUUUAAGGAAACCUGGUUUAAGGAUAAAAUACAGUGCAAAUAACUGCCUAUAACAUAAGUCAACUUAUGCAAAUAACAUAAGUCAACUUAUAAGUCAAUGAUAAAAUUUAAAGUAAGUCACAUAACCAGUUGCAUCCAUAAAGGUCACAUAACUGGCUUUUAUUGAUGAAUGACAAGAAGAAAUCUGUUGUUAAAGAAAGCCAUGAGAGGUUCUUUUUGCAGUUCUCCACCAGCUAUGUAGAAGACAAACAUGUGGAAGAUGGUGCUCUGGUCACAUUAGAACAAAAUUGAGGGGAUGCUUUUCUUCAGCAGGGACAAGGAAGCUGUUCAGAGCUAAAUAGAAGGCAAUCCUAGAGGAAACCCUGUUGUAAGGAACAGACGACUCCUAUAAAAUACAUACAAUAAAAUUUGCUGUAAAGUAACAAGCUUAAGGGGUGGGAAUACUUUUGCAAGGUUUUGUAGAUGGCCAUAGUAGUUAGUCCAUUGCUGUCCUGUGGCACCAGUUCCAUGAGAGCUAGUUGUGGUUUUCCCGUGGUUUCUCACAGUAAAGACGGAGCGACACUCGGCUGUGUGAAUGGCAUUUGGAAAGAAAAUCCACCUUGCAGUCAGCAACAUUUGAAUUCAAGAAUUUCAACUCUAAACAUGUUAUUUCCUAAAUGUAAAAAAAUGUUUUAAGAAAUUGUGAUUGAGAUAUUUGUUACCUCGUUUUCUGAUUCAUCCGCUGACCGGUGGAAAAACACAUUUCAAGCAAAUAGCUGAACACUAAACUGUACAGAAGAAAGUCAGUCUCACUGUACCAUUUGAAUCUGGAUUUCUACUUAGCUCCAGCAGAAAUAAGCUGAGAUCGGACAAAUAAUAAUCAUGUUUUAGCAUAUUCUCUGAAAGACUCAGUGAAUAUGCAAAGGGAAUUUAUUUUAAUUUUUUUUGGCAGACCAGCAGUGGCUGAAUAAGGGCUUGUGGAAACUGGAGUGUAACCAGUAGCACUUACGAAAUCCUCACAUGUGCCUUAUUCAUUCAGGCUAAAUCAGGAAGCUCCCAGCAACAACAGCUCUUACCUGCCCAACCAAAGAAGCUAAAUCUUGUGAACACAGUGAACCCUGUUGUAUGUGUUGUGCCUCCCAAACCCCCCCCCCCCCCCCCCUCACCCUUCCUUUGAAUUUCUUUGUGUGCUGACAAGAGAGAACAUGUUCAGAUUGAAGUGGUAAUAAUUUUGGGCAAUCAUGCGGAAUCUAUCACCUGUAGUCCUUCUUACAAAUACCUCGCUUUGAAUGUGCCUUUUAGCUAAAGUAUGGGGGCUUAUGUUUUUUUUUUAAGCCCAAACAGUCCCAGGGACUGGCAUGGAAAUGACUGAAUUAUAAGAAGCACUUUGGCUGAAGAUUUUAUACUGAAAUGAAUUCAACACAGCCUAAAGAUUCCUAGUAUUAGUGCAAGCCAGCCCCAUGCCAUCAGCAUGUGAAGAGUAGCAUUUACCACAGAAUAUCUGGCACAAUUUCAUCCUGUUCAAGAUCUUUCUCUUUGUGUUGUUUACGUGUUGUUGUUUUUUUUUUUUGUCUUUGUGUUUGAAAGAAUUAGGAGCUGAAACUGCCUUUUGUAAUACACUCAAAAGAAAAACUAAAGAAAAAGUGGUCCCUCCAGAACCUUUAAGGGACAUGUCAGUAUAUUUUGGAUACUUUGUGUACAAAAGAGAACAACAAAACCCAGAAAUAAAAUAGUGUUGUAUUUUAUAUAUAAUAGAACAUUUCAAUAUAGUGACAUGUCACUAAUAUAUUUAUUUACUAAUAUAUUUAUCCAUUUUUGUCCAGGUUUGAAAGAAUGGUUUCUGUAUAGACUGAAUGUUUCUGUAUAGAAACUGACCGGUGCCAUCGCAAAUAUAUCAACCUGUCUUCAUUCCAAUUAUAUACAAAUAAAUUAUUUUGAAAUAAA